AUGGAUCAUGACCCACGGGCUCAGUGCAAAUUGUUCAGCAAAGCACCAGCUGUUCCAAUAUCUAAUAGAAAGCAUGAAUAUACUGAGAACAUAAAUAACGGGAACUUUUACUUGCAGAAUCUAGCUAGUAUUCUAUCAAGCAGUAAGAAAUAUGGUCCGCCAGAUAGCAUACACCGUCAGAAGCGGAGGAAAUUCACUGAAACACUACUUCUGAGGCGGUGUUCACACAACUGUAACGUGGUAGAUGAAAUGGUCGACUGCAAUCAUUUACCUUUGACGUCCAAAUAUGUAGCAGGUAGUGUUUCGGAAUCUUCUUUAAAGGAUAUUUAUUUAGCUCGUUAUUCAGUUAAUGAAUCACAACAUAGCUUUAAGUAGUGUGAAAACGGUGUACUUAGAUAUCAAAAUUGUUUAUUUGUUAUUGUGAAUAAAAGAGUAUUCAACAGUUGCUGUCGGUCUAUUAUUUUUUUAGAACUCAGCUAGUUGCACAAAGUUUAAAAGCGACAUUAUCCAUACAAAUUUGAAAUUCAUUG